AUGGCAGCCUUCGCCGCCGUCGCGUCCGACUGCGACUCCGACCCGAGCCGCCGGCCGCCCAAGGCGGCCGCCGCGGGGGAGUGGCAGCGCACCGCGGCGGCUCUCGGGGCGCUCUGCGCGGUGGGCUGCGUCGCCGCGCGGCCCGCCUUCGGUGGGCGCUUGCUGCUGCUGGAGCUGGAGCGGUCCCGCUCCCCCGCCCGACACCGCCGCGCACGGCGUCUCCGUGCUGGUGCGAGGGCCAUGCUCCGCUGUGCUGCCGCGCGGAAGCGGCUCGCCGUGCACCACGGCGAUCGGCCCAGCGACGCCGACGGCCGCACGGCCCAGCCGUCGCCGCGGCAGGCCACGUCUGGCGCUGGGCAGGGUCUUGUGUGGGCUUGCACCGCAAAGCGGCUCUGCGGCGUCCGCAACAACUUCGCGUCGAGGGGGGAGGGUUUGAGGUGCGGCCGUGAGCGUGCAGGACGCCAGCGGGAGGGCAGCGCUGACCAGGUGGCGGCCUCCCUGGCCGAGGCUCUUGCCACCGUGGACCGCCUCCGCCAGCAGCAGGCCGCCUGCGCAGCGGAGGUUGCCACGCUGGAGGCCGAGGUCGUGGCUGCCCAGCGCGCGGUCGCCGCCUCCGCCGCCGGGAGCAGCGGGGUCGACUUGGCAAAUCUCGCCACCACGCUGGUCGGUCUCCAGGCCCUCCUCAGCGCUGCCCCCGCGCGAGUCGCCAGUGGCACGGCGUCGACGCCAGGUGCUGGCCAGGCCAGUGCCUCGGCCCCCGCGGCGCGGGCUCCCGCGGCGCCCAUGCCGGGCGCUGCUCCGCCCCCCCCCCCGGCGCUGCUGGAGGCGUGGGCAUCUUCGUCAGACGGCACAGCGACGUCACCACCAGGCAGUUUUGAUGUGGCGCCGAGCUUCACGUUCGCGUGUCACGCGUACUUCGGCAUCAGGGGUGGUCUGAUUCUUGCGUCGGCGGAUUUCGAAGUGGGCCAGUGGGACAAUGGCGGCAAUGCGUCCGCUGGCGACUUCAAUUGCGACCCGCCCCGCAUGGACGUAGGCGGCUUUCUGGAUUUCAUGCGUGCAAGGGUCGCGGCAAGGCUAUCGCUGAACGUGGGCGCGCGUCGCAGUGCUCAGGGCAACUACUCCAACGUCGACUUCUGGUUGGCUAGCCCGUCCGUCGCGGGCUCGCUGGCGCCGCCACGUCUUGUGCAGGGCUGGCCCGCGGCCCCGCGCUUCCUGGCGGCGACGCGCCUAGGCGCGCUCGCCAAGGCGGUCAAGUUCCCGCUGCUUGUUGGCCCCAAGUCCUCUCCGAAGGCGGCCCCUGAUGAUGAGGCGGCGGCGGCCCCCGGCGCGAACCAGCAGCAGGUCAUCGAUUGCGACGGCGCCCCGGGGUGCGAGGCCAUGGCGCACCCUGCACAAGUGAGACUAGACGAUCUCCACUCGGCGUUCAUGCGCGCCGCUGAGGAGGAGCUCAUCGCCCACCACGGCACCCCCGACGCCGACGAUGACUUGCGGGGCUUCAAUGCCCCGCUGGAACACCAGUCGGGGGCUGCGCCUGAUCCUGGUGCGCUACCAGGCCCUGGCCCGCUCUACGUGGGCCCUGCAGUACCUGGCACGAGCUCUGGCACGCCUCUUGGGGAGCUCGAGCGUGAACCUGGCCCGCUCUACGGGGUCUCUAUUGUACCUGGCGCGAGCUCUGGCCCGCCUCUCGGCGAGCUCGAACGUUGGCCUGGCCCGCUCUACGUGGCCCUGCAGUGUCUGCCACGUGCUCUGGCCCGCCUCUCGGGGAGCUCGGACGCGCCCGUGGAGGGCCGGCCCGUCGGGGCAGCGGCCGAGACUGCUUCCGGGAGGGCUGAUGCGCACGACGCCGAGUUCGGCGUUGGCUGGCCCGUCGACACCCUGGACCUCCCCAGCCUCCGCGGCAGCGGCCCGCGCGGCGGCGUCCACGGCGUGGCGGGGGGCGUGCAGCUGCAGGAGCUGCUCCCGGGCGCCGGGCUCGCGGACGCGGUGCCGAACGACUUUUGGGGCAUCCACGACCUCCUGCUCGUCGGCUAUCGCGCGCACUUCAUGAACGAGGGCUCCGCAGGCAAGGCCGCGGUGCAGGCGGCGGCGGUGGACCUCGCGGCGCUGCUGCCACAGGUGCACCCCGUGCCGGAGUGCCGGGCGCAGAUCGGCAGCGCCCUGGCCGCAGCGGCCGGGGGCAGGGAGAGCGUGGUGGCCGCGGCGCAGGCCGCCUGGGACUGCCUGCCCGGCCGCUUCGGGCCGGAGGCCUUCGACGCGGGCAACGACGGGGGGGCCGCCUUCGUGCCGGACGGAAAUGAUCGACGGCGAAGACGACUUGGCCCCAGACGGGGCGAACUCGGCCCGCGACCCGAAGCUCAAGGACACCAGCAUCCUGGGUACUUGCCGCAACAGCCAAUGGCACAGGACCUGCUCCUUUUGGGUUUCCCUGCACGUCAUGGCCCUCCGCGCUGA